UGUAAAUUCUGGAUUCGUAACCAACUUCAUUCUCUUGUCAGCCAACAACAUAACAAAAAUACUUAUCCGAGCCCGACGAUCAAAAUAAUAAUUAUUAAAUAUUGUACAGUAUCUACCUCAUUCAAAUAGCAGUAUUUGUUUUACUUUGUUAUUUUUGUUUUAAACUUAGUAAGUUUUGUAAGACUGUGUUUACAAAAUGAUGACGCCAGCUUAACUUGACAUCAUUUGCCUAGGUACCUAACUAAUAUUCGAGUUGCUGUAGUUACAUUUAUGUAUCACUGGGAAUAGUAAAACUAGCAAUGGUAAGUGUGUAACGAAAUGUAUAUUAUUCGUUAGGAAUACUAGUAUUGACUAUUCGCACGAACAACGAUUUGAUUUCUCAGGAUUCCCCAAACUCUGGACCACCAGCUUUGAACACCCGAGUAGCACCUCCGAUGAUACCGCCUCCAGCGUUUCCACCGGUGUCUCAAAUGGGCUUCACGCCGGGUGCUAUACCGCCUGGCUUCAUGGCUGCGGCACCAAUGGGUAUCGGCCCGCCGGGUAUGCCACCACCAUUCAUGCCUCCUUUCAAUAUGAAUAUGCCGGGUAAAUAAUAAUAUUAAAAGUUGUUUAAUAUAUUGAGGAUAUUGGUUGCUUUAGAAAAAUAACAACAAUAUUAAAAUUUAUUAGAAAUAUCACUAUAAUAUUUUUAAUCUCUGUGUAUAAUUGAUAAUAAAUAGGUAAUAUUUUUUGGAUAUCGUUCAAAUAUUGUUAUAAUUAAAGAUGAGAAGUUAUAGGAACAAAAUUACCAAAAUAUUUCAUGCUAAAUAAAAACAAAAUUUAAAAUUUUGGUGUUACAAAUAGUGACUAAUGAUUAUGAGUCGUUAUUUUUCCACAAUUUUUUAAAGAUUGGUUAUUUUUAUUAACAAAUUGGUGAAUCUAUAAUUUGAUAUAAUUUAGUAGUGGCAAUGAAAAUAAUUUAAAUCAUCUUAAACUUCAAAAAAUGUUAGAAACUUAUUAAUUCACUAUUAGUUAAUAUAUGUAACGCCAAAAAUACUGUUCCAAAAUAUAUUUAUAAAAUGGCUGUUUUGGGUUUUUAAGUUAUAAAGAAUAUAUAAAAUCUGAGUAAUAUGUGUGCAAGGCUUUAUUAAUUAUUAUUAAAAAAAAUUAAAAACAUUGAACAAAACAGAAGUUAUUGCACUUUUUGAAUCUUUGUGGGUUAUAAGUAUGUACUUAUAUUUCACUAAUAAUUAGAGAAUUUGUGUUUAACAAUACUGGUUUACAACAUACCUGCCUAUAUUUUAUAUAUAUUUCAAUGUAUAUUUAUACUCAAUAAUUAAAUACAUAUUGUAUUAUGCUACCUAAGAAAAAUUGUCAUUUAUUUAUUAUCAUUUAUAUAGGUAUUUAAAUAGUAUUUAACACUGAACUUUUAAAAUCUAAGAUCCUGUUUAUUCAAUUAUUAUUAGUAAAUAAUUAACCAACAUCCCCAAAUAGUAGUUUUAAUUAUGUAAAUUAUUUUUAGUUAUACUGUGUAAUUAUAUUUUAUGUUAAAUAUACCAACAUAAAUAUAAUAUUAAUGUAAAUAUGAUUAUUAGUGUUAAUUUUUGUUUUUAGGAGAGAUUGUUGGGGCUCCAGUAACCUUUGCAAAAGUCCUGCAAUUACCAACGUGAGUAAAAUUCACCAUAAAUAUUUGUAUUAUAAAAUAUAUUAAUAUUUUUUUUUAAAUAAUUUUUAUUUCAUCGUGUAUGAUAUACUUAUAUCAAGACAUAACAUUAUGCAUGUAUUGAUUUAUAGUAUUUUUAAUUCUUAUUACUUAAUUAAAUGUAAAUUUGCUAAACAAAAAAUUUGUUUUAAAAUGAAACUUUUUAAUUAAUUAUUACCUACUGUUUAUUUAUUUAAUUUGAUUUUAAAAUAAGGUAUACUUUUAUUUGGUUUUUUCAUUAUUAAUAUUAAAAUAAUUGUCAUCUUAUGAAAUAUCUAUACUUGAUUAUAGAUAAAUGUUGAUUCUUGAUGAGAAUUAAUUUCUUUGUGCAUAGUUAAAUCGCUGAUUCAAGUCACAAAAUUGUGUUGUUAAAUAUUUAAUUAGAAAUAAUAAUGUAUGUAAAUAAUAAAUAAUAUAUAUUUUUUAUUAUUUAUAACUAGUUAUAUAAUAUUUGUAUAUAACAUCUAUUAGAUAUAAAUAAAUGAAAUAUAACUUUUUUCAUAAGAGACAUUAAGGUGCAAACAUGAUAAAUAAUUAAAGCAUAAUUACGUAUAUACAAAUUUAAUAUAUUUUUAAUUAAAAUAUGUAAUAUAGUUUAAUGCAUUUAAGUUAUUUAAAUUGAUGAACUUGUUAUUUUUACUUAAAUUAAUUAAUUCGUAUUAGACAUAAUGAGUCCUGUUAAUUUUCGUUUUAUAUAUGCAUGUAUAUUGGUAACUGGCCCUUAACAUUCUAGACUUAAAAUAUGAUAAACUUUGAUAUUAGGCCAUACACGAUUCCUAUUGAUUUUGCUGAAUGUCGUUACUACAGUAUCUAUGAUUGGUGGUGACACCCGAGAGAAUAGGACUACGAUUGGUAAGAGUUAUCAUAAUUGAACAAUAAAUCAUUAUUAAAUUUAAAAAACAAAAAUUGUUUUUACAAUUUUAUUAUAGAUAAUUACUAAUUUACCAGAAAUAAUACAUUUUAAAUAAUAAAUCUAACUACCUAUUCGUUGAAUGCCGAAAUAUUUAGUUUCUGGUAAGUGAAAUUAUAGUGUUGUAAAUAGGUUAAAAUUAUUUGAGAAAUUUCGUUUGCGGCAGAAUAAUUUAGUUUAUUUUAUUUAAACGCACAAACAAUUUGUACAAUAUAUAUAUUGUGUAUUCGUAUGAUUAUUAACGAGCUUUUUGUAAUAUUAUGUUGAAUUUGUUAUUAAUAUUAACUGUUCAUUCUACAGGAAAAUAUAUUUAGUAGCUAGCUUUGUAUUAAUGUGUACGAUUUUGUGUAGUGAGGAAUCUAAAUCUACUGACUGGACUGAACAUAAAGCUCCAGAUGGACGAUUUUAUUAUUAUAACUCAGUAACCAAACAGAGUGCAUGGGAGAAACCAGACGAAUUAAAAACAAAAACAGAGGUUUGUAAUAUUUGUUACAUUUUUUUUUUUUUAUUAAUUUACUCUGUGUAUUUCACAUCAACUUUUUAAUUUGCAAAAUUCUUCAUAUUCUAUUUGAUACCCCAAAAUUAUUUCCAAAACGAGCCGAUUUUAUUAGUCUUUUUGCCUCCUCUAACAUUUUCCUUUUAAUAUUCAACACAUUUUCUAUUUCAAUCAUUUAGGAUUUCUUAUUUAAUUGAUUAUGAUAUCCCCAUUUAAUGUCUCCCACCCAUAAUUAUUUUUUAAAAUAUCAAAGUAAAGUAUUCUGUAAUAUUAGAUAAUGUUGGACCAAAGUCCUUGGAAAGAAUACAAAUCUGAUACUGGUGCUACAUACUAUCAUAACAUUAAUUCAAAAGAAUCAAGUUGGACCAUACCAGCUGAACUAGAAGAGAUAAAAUUGAAAAUUGCUUCUGAACAAACAAUAAGGUAAACAAUAACUAUAUCAAUGUAAUUAAUAUUUAUGUGACUAUUUAUUGUUUCAGUGGAUCACCUCUAAUGCAGGCGGCAAUAGAUGGUCCAAUUGUAAUGGAUUCUUUAGGUAAUAAAUUUUGAAAUAAGUGGGGUUUUUCUAUUAUUUAAUGCUCAAAUUUCUUAAUUUUUCAAAUAUAUUUAAAUAAAAAUAGUAUGUAAAUUCUUAAAGUUUCAAUAAUUUAACUUAUUAAAUACAUUGUAUUUAUGUUUUAUAUUUUAAUUUUUUUCAAAUUAUUGCCCCUGAUAGUAAAAGUAAAUACCUCAUUUAGAAUGUUUUGUAAAAAAGAAAAUAUAAAAGUAUUUUAUUAUAUAAAAAUUAUAUUUUUAGUUUCCGUAUUUCUAAUUUUUAAACCGAUAAAGGAUCAAAUUAUACAAAAAUACAUUUGAAUCACUAAAUACAAAAGAAUGCUCUCAUAUUUAAAAAUGAAUCAAGAAUGAUAAAAAAAUACUUAAUAUUAUUAAAAAACAACAAUUUCAAAAAAAAAUGUCAUGUUAAUAACUAAUUUUAUAGUGUUAAAUAUUCUCUAUAAGUUUCUAUAGUCAUUUUAUGGAAGUAUUAAAUUUGUCAGUUUUAUAAAAUGGUUAAAAACUAAAACUAAUUUUUGUCAGUAUGGUCUUUAAAAUAUACAUAAUUUAAACUUUAUCUAAUUAAUUUAUAAUUAUUUAAAUAGGAAAAUAAAAUGUAUUUCUUAUUACUUUAAGAUGCUAAAUCGGCCAUGGAGCAAGCAAUGGAAGCUACUUUGGCGUAUAUAGACAUACCAGAUGAUGAAAAUAGACCAGCCAAUAAUGUGACUGGUAAAGGUUCUAAGUCCAAAUCACAGGCACAGGAAGUACCACUAUUAAAGAAUAAACAAGAAUUAAUUGAUGCGUUUAAAGAACUUUUAAAAAAAAAAGUAUAAAUCUUAGCUACACAAUGAAAAUUCAAUAAUUUUAAAAUCGUGCAUUUUUUUCUUAUAUUUAGAAUAUUCCUAGUAAUGCAUCAUGGGAACAGACUGUUAAAAUAAUAAGUCGUGAUCCAAUUUAUUUACAAGUAAAGAAGUUAAAUGAAAAAAGACAGCUCUUCAAUGCAUAUAAAACUCAAAGACAAAAAGAUGAAAAAGAUGAACAUCGAUUGAAAGCUAAAAAGGCUAAAGAAGAUCUAGAAAAGUUUUUAAUGAAAAAUGAAGAUAUGACAUCUAAAACUAAAUAUUAUAGGCUUGAAGAGAGAUAUGAGCAUUUAGAUGUGAGUACUUGCAAUAAAAUAAUAUAGCUUAAGUUUUCCUAAUUGUUGUUAGUUUUUGUUAUAUUCAUAUUAGCCAAUAUGUUAUUUAAAUAUGGUGUCCUUGUUUAUACCUUGGCGUGUUAUUUUCAGUCGACAGUAUAAAAUCAUAGGUUUUAAUGUCGGCAAAAUAUUGUGUUACAUGUGGCUUUUUUUUUUUUUAUUAAAUGGUGCUCAAUUACUUAUUCCUAAAUCAGAUAACUUUUAUUAAUUUAAAAAUGUAGAUAAACAAUUGCUAUUAUAUAGAAAUAAUGUACUACAAUAAUUAUGUAUUUUUAUAACCAAUAUAGAUUUGGAGGAAUGUUUCUGAUAUAGAUCGACGUGAUGUUUAUGAUGAUGUAGUUUUUAAUUUAGCCAAAAGAGAGAAAGAAGAUGCUAAAGUACAAAAAAAACGUAAUAUGAAACAAUUAGCUGCAUUAUUAGAUUCCAUGACAAUAGUAGAUCAUACCACGACUUGGUACCAAGUUCAAGAAAUGCUUCUCAAUAAUCAAAAUUUUGUCAAUGACCCAAAAUUAUUAGGUUAGCUAAAAUAAACUUGCUCAACUUUACUUAAUUUUGUAUUUUACUGUUCUAUAAUUGUUAUGUUUAUUUAAAGGUAUGGAAAAAGAAGAUGCUUUAACUGUAUUCCAAGAUCACAUUCGCGAAUUAGAAAAAGAAGAAGAACAUGAUAAAGAAAGAGAAAGGCGAAGAAGAAAACAACAAGAACGCAAAAAUCGUGACAAUUUUGGCGUAAAGAUUACUUAAAUAAAUAAUUUUGAUUGUAUGUAUGUAUAUUUAUUAUUAUAUUUUAGAUGUUUUUGGAAGAACUCCAUCAACAAGGAAAGUUAACAUCAGUGUCAUUAUGGAAAGAAUUAUACCCUGUUAUAAGUACAGACAUUCGAUUUUCUGCUCUCCUUGGGCAACCUGGUAAUGUUAUUUUUAUCUUACCUUACUAUACAAUAUUUAUUUAUUAUUAUUAUGCAUUGAUUUAUUCAGUAAAUUCUAAUUUAGUAUGUACUAUGUAAAAUAUUAAGGUUCAACAGCUUUAGAUCUUUUUAAAUUCUAUGUGGAAGAUUUAAAAUCAAGAUUUCAUGAAGAGAAAAAAAUUAUAAAAGAAAUACUUAAAGAAAACUCAUUUAUAAUUGAUGUAAAGUACUUUUUUAAUUUAAACCUAGAAUUUUUCUUUAAAAUGUUACUUCAUCUAGGUAAAUACUACAUUUGAAGAGUUUGCUCGAGUAAUCUGUUUGGAUAAAAAAUCAGAAACAUUAGAUGCUGGUAAUGUAAAAUUGGCCUACCAUGGAUUUCUCGAAAAAGUAAUUGUUCAAAUGUUUUUUAAUUGUAAUUUUUAACCACUUCUUAUUUUUAAUUUUGAAUAGGCAGAGGGAAGAGAAAAAGAAAGAUUACGUGAAGAAAAUAGAAAACAACGGAAACUAGAAACAUCCUUUCGGUCAUUGCUCAAAGAUAUAGAUGUAGACUAUAAAUCUAAUUGGGACACCGUGCGUGGACAAAUUGAGAAUCAACAAGCUUUCCAAGCCAUAACAUUAGAAUCUGAAAGACUUCGUAUUUUUAAGGUAAUGUUUACUUUAUAUAUAUAUAUACAAAAAAUGUUGGUAAUAAAAAUUAAUUUGAAAGUAGUAUUGUGUAGAUAUGAUUGAUUCACACAUUUUUAAUAAUAAUUAAAUCACACUUUUUUAUUUUAUUAUUAUUUAUAAUUUAAAGUAAAUAUUUAAAAAUAUUAUUCAAUAGUAGAUUUCUAUUAAAUAUUUAUAUUAAUUGUAAAUUCCAUCUUAGAAAAAAAAAAAAUUAAUAAUCAUUGUUGAAUAAUACUAGUUCAAAUAUUACAAUUGAGCAAAUAAUGUAUUGCUAAAUUUUGCACUAUGUGCGUAUGAGAUAAUAAAUAUUGAACAAUAUUAUUUUAAAAAGUCUUCCUAACUUCUAGAUUUGUUUUAAGAAUGUACAAAGAAAGUUAAAGGAAAUAUUUAAGGUAAUAAUGUUUUAAUUCAAAUUAAACAGGUUUUUAGAAUAUUUUAUAUUUAUACAGAGCUUACAAUAUAUAUUUAUAUAUUUUUAAAUUGUGUAAUAAUGAUGGAAAUUUCCAUUAUAGUCUACACUACUUAAAAUCUAUUUGAAUAUUGUUAGCAAUACCUUGCGUCUAUCUAUGUAUAUAUAUAUAAUAUUUUUUUAAAUAUAGUCAUUAAAUAAACUAAUAUCUUUAUUGUUUCAUUUUACAAUUUUUUUUUUUUUUUUUUUACUGUAAUUUUUUAGAGAAACUUAAUUAAAAAAUAUACAUGCUUAGAUGUAUAUAGUACUGAUUAUUUAAAUAAACACAAAUUUGAACAUGUAAGUGAGUGAUUGAGAAAAAUAAAUAAAUAUAUUGACAAUUAUCAUAUUAUAUAUUUUAAAGGAAUACCAAGUUGACACAGAAGAAGUCUGUAAUCAUCAUCAUUCUAAAAUGAAACGAUCUAAGAAGAGUAAAAAACAUAAAAAAAAAUCUCGAUCAAAAUCAUUGGUAUGUUAAAAUUAAUAAAAAUGUAUAGGAUGAAUAUUUUUUAGUUGAACUCUCAUUAUUUUUAAAAAAAACAUGUUUUGACAAUUUAAAAAACGGAAAAGAUCUAAAAUGUUACAUUACUAUUUUUUUUUUUUUUUUUUUUUUUUUUUUUUUUUUUUUUUUUUUUUUUUUUUUUUUGAGGGGGGGUGAAACAACUACCAUCCUUUGAUUUUCAAAUAGUAACCUAUAUUAUAAAAGUUCCAUACAUAGAUAGAAUAUUAGUUCAAAUAAAUUUUGAUGUUUAUCAACCUGUUUACAAGAUAAUCUACUUUAAAAUUUGGGUAGGAAGAAAGUAGUAGAGCACUAUUCAAACACUGCGCUGUGCCAUCACACAUUAUGGUACUCCACUACUCUCCCCUGUCCAAACUUAAAAGUUGAAUAUCUUGCAAACAGGUUGGUGAUAAUCUAAAAUUGUAGCCAAUAUUUAUUUAAACUAAUACAAUAAUAUUAGUUAUAUAUAUAUAUAUAUAUUAUCUAUAUUAAGUGGAACUUUUAAUAUAGGUUCCUAUUUGAAAAUUAAAAGUUUGUAAUCUAACCACUCCAAAAAUUAUGGUGAUUUAACAUUUUACUUAAAUCUGAUUUUUUUAAAAAAGUUUUUUUAUUUUUUUGUUUUUCUUAUAUAUAAAUAAAUAUUUUUAAGAUUAGAUAUAUCAUAAAUUAUCAGAAGAAAAAAAAAAUUAAAAAACUUAUUUUUUUCAAAUUAAUUGUUCUAAACUACCACACAUUCUGGUCUUAAAACUUAAUGUUUCAUGUUUAUUCCGCUCAUUCUUUAAUGAAUAUAGAAAUAAUUUUAAAUAUAAGUCAGUUUAUUAGUAUAACCAUUCUCUAGGAAACUAAAUGGGAAAUAAAUGAAUAAUAUUUGUAACAUCUAUAAUUAUAAUGAUACAAAAGGACGGGUAAAAUAUUUGAUUAAGAAGACAUGUUAUACAUACCCACAUCAACUGUCUCAGUCCAACUACCAAGUAAUAUACAAAAACGAUACUUACGCGGAAUAAGCUAAAUUAGCUCAAUUUUGAUUUUAGAGUAAAAGUACUUAUUAUGAAAUUUAUAGAGAACAUUAUUUUGGAGGGAAUGUCAUAGGGUUUUUGUAAUAUCCAAAAUAGGUAGCCCAAUAAAAUAUGUACAAAAACCUUUUUUUUUUUUUUCUUUUUUAAUAGUUCAUAAUUCAAAAGACAUCUAUGACAUUGCCUCCAAAAUAUUGUUCUUUAGAAAUGUCAUAAUUUGGUUCUUUUACUCUAAAAUCAAAAUUAAAAUAGUUUUAUUUUUUCCGCGUAAGCAUUGUUUUUACAUAUUACCCAGUAAAUAAACUAAGACAAUAGAUGCGGGUAUAACGUCCUCUUAAUCAAAUAUUUUACCCGCCCUUUUGUAUCUUUUUAGUUGUUAGAAAGAUUAUUAAUUUAUUCUCCAUUUAGUUUCCUAGAGAAUGGUUAUACUUCUACUCUGACUAACAUUAAAAAUUAUUUUUGCAUUCAUUAUGGAAUGAGUGGAAUAAAUAUGAAGAAAAUAAAUAUUAUAUAUAUAUAUAUAUCAAUUUAAUUUUAGAUUACUUGAUUUACUAGAUUAUUGUAUUUAUGUAUUUUUAAAAUAACAUUGGAAAAAUCGUUUUGGGAUCCUAACCCUUAUCCUUAUUUAAUUAUUGGCAUUAUCGUAAUAGCAAUGGUUAACUGAUAAAAUUGUAUGUGUUUUUACUCUAAUAAUUGGGCUUAGAUUAUUUGACGGUUUUAGAAUGAAUUCUGAUGCUGAUGUUUAUACUAUCGUGUUUCUAUGAAUUUUUUUUAUUUUAUUUUAUAUAUAUUGCAGCUAUCAAUAAUCAAUAUUAUUAAUUAUGAACAAAACAGUAGUAAAAAAAAUUUAUUUAUUGGCUUGUAGAAAAUUGUGGUUAAAAGUGUGUGUCAAUUUACCAUCAAAACUGACAAUUUUGUGAUAGAAAAAAUAUAAUAUAUGAAACUAUUAUAUCAUGUUCUUUAUAAUAUAGAAUGACUUUAAUUUCUUUGAAAUUCAUGAAAGAUUGGGAGGACAAUCCAUAUUCAAUUAAUAAAUGAUUUCACAGAAUAAGGGAUUUAUUAUGUAAACAUACUUGUAUAUAUACAUGAUGAGUUUUCUACUUGGGUUGCAAUGACACGAGAAUUCAAUCCAGUUUUCAGAGAACAAAAAAGCCAAAAACAAUGUUUGCUACAAGUUGUAGAAAUGUAAAGAAAAAUAAUAGAAAUAAUAAUUUAAUAUUGACAAGAAAUAAAUAUAUGACAAAUUUAAGAUUUUUUUGUAAAUGGGGAAUAAGUUAAACACAAUUAAAGAUGUGUUUUAUUUAAAAAUUUAUUUUUAUAGGGUCUAAAUAAGUGGUAAUAUUUAGAAUAAUUAAUUUUUAAAAAAUAAUAUUUUUUGUUUUUUCUUCUGAUAAAUUUGUAUUUAAUGAUCCUAUUUUAACUCUUUGAGGCAUUUUGGUAUUAUAGUAAAACCGUAAAUUUUUUGUUUAUUUUUUUAUAUGUAAUAUUAGUGUUAAAUUUUAAAAAUGUUUAAUAAUUAAUUAGUAAUAAAUUUUUUUCAAAAAAUGUAUUCCUCAAAGGGUUAAACAUUAUAAUUAAUGUAUAAAAAAAAAUAACAACAAAACAAUUUCUAAUAUUUUCCUAAAAACCUUGCUCAUAAAUAAAAAAAUGUUAUGAACAUUGUUAUGCAUUAGGAAACACAAUAUUUCAGAAAGAAUUAUACUGAAAAAAAAAAUCCUAAAAUAUAUACAAUGUACUUGUCUAAAUAGGAAUCCAGUGAUUCAGAUUAUAGGUAUAAGAAAAAGACCAAAGAUGAUUCUCCUGACAUAAGUGACAAUGAAAGUCGGCGGCGUAAAAACAAAAAGUCCAAAAAAAAGAAACAUUCAGAAAGUCCUAUGACUCGGUCUCGUUCUAGGGUAGGUAGUUUAUUCUAUGACAUUAUAUUUUAUAUGAAAUUGUGUAUUAAAUUGAUUUUUUUUUUUAGUCUUCUAGUUUAAGAAGGUCAGACAUAGAUGAGGUGAAAAACAAGAGAAAUUUCAAAUCUGGUGAAUAUAGUGAUGACGAUUUAGAAGCAAAACGAAAAGCAUUACUUGCUCAGUUACAUGAUGAAAUGAACUGAAUCUGAUUAACUUUGUUGUACAUAAAAACGUAAUAUAAUAUGUUUUCAAACCAUAUGAUUUGUUAAAUAAAUUUUUUGAUUAAAAACAUUUCUAUGUAUGUAGUUUAUAGUAAGUAAAAUAAUUUACUCUGUAAAUUUAAAUGUUUAAAUGGUAUGUAAACUAUUGUUAUUUAUACAAAUAAUAUUAAUAUACAAGUCAGUAACAAAGAACUUCUUAAAUAGUACUGUUUAAUAAUUUAGAAGUUUAUUAAUUUUGUGUGGAUUAAUUUUAUAUUUAAGAGUAAGCCAUUCAUAUUUUGUUUCCUUUAAUGUGUUUUGAUUAUAUGCUAUAUUUCUUUUUAACCAAUUACAAAUUAACAAGAAAAUUAAGACAAAUUAUAUUAAACAUGAUAAUACGCUACCUAAGUUACUCUAUAUUCAUAUACUCAAUGUUUAAAUCAAUGUUUACUCAAUUUAAACAUAAAAUAUUUGUUCAAAAGAUUACAUAGGCAGACACUUAAUUUAUGUACAUAAUAUAUAUAAGAAAUAAAAAAAGAUGAACAUCAUAAUGGGUACACUGUUGUAGAUUAGAAGUUGGGAAGGUAGGAUAUAGAGUAGAGGGGAAUUUGAUAUAUAUAGAUACAAUGCUUAAUUUUUUCUAUUUUGUAAAAAUAAUAAAUUAUUUUAUUAUUAACAAUAUUCAUAUAUCAAUUACAAAUGACCAAACAUGUUAGGAAAUAUUUCACCAGAAACUAAUGCA